AAACGGAUGUCAGAAAGUGCGUUUGUAGGCUCAACUUUGCAAAAUCGCGUUUCGCGAAUAAAAUUGGUGAAUACUUAUUAAUGGUGAUAAAUAGUGGACGAUAAGCAAUUCUGUAAACUACUUACUAGUACGCAAUGGCUGUGGCGGAUUCGUAUCUGGCCUCCUUGAUGCAAUAUUCUUCUUAGCUUUAGGAUAGAGGAGUGCCGAGUGGGUCCGCAGGAUGCCGAUCGCACCGCGCGGCCCUCCGCCCCUACCUAUACCGCCGAACCGUCGACGAUUCCGUAGGAUACCUAUCUCGACUCGCAAGUGCCCUUAAAUAGAAUAGUGUAAUCUUUUUUACGCCACUUUUACACCGACCUAAUUAAAUUUAAGUAGUAACAUAGAGUACGCACAGUGGUAGUGUAUCUUAAAAUUAUUGUAACGCGCGCGAGUGUGUGAGUGUGCCGAUGGUGCGGCCGACAUGGGAAAGUCCUCGGCGAGACCACAUGGUCAAGACAAUGAACGGAGAAUCAAAGCCAACAACAGAGAGUACAAUGCGCAGUUUCGCUAUGCUAACAACUACAUCAAGACGUCGAAGUACUCGAUAAUAACGUUCCUGCCGUUGAACUUGCUGGAGCAGUUCCAGCGGCUGGCGAACUUUUACUUCCUCUGUCUUCUGGUGCUGCAACUGAUCCCCGCAAUUUCUUCGCUGACGCCCAUCACCACCGCCAUUCCACUCAUCGGGGUGCUCGCCCUCACAGCUGUCAAGGACGCCUACGACGACUUCCAACGUCAUCAAAACGACUCUCAAGUUAACCAUCGCAGAGCAAAGACGCUGCGCAAUGGCAAGCUGGUUGAGGAAAAGUGGGCGUCUGUUCAAGUGGGUGACGUCAUACGGCUGGAGAACGACCAGUUCGUCGCUGCGGACAUCCUGCUGCUCAGCAGCUCCGAGCCCAACGGCCUCUGUUAUAUAGAGACUGCGGAGCUGGAUGGGGAGACGAAUUUAAAGUGUCGCCAGUGCCUUUUGGAGACGGCAGCGAUGGGCCAAGACGACGGACAGCUGGGCGCGUUCGACGGCGAGAUAGUUUGCGAGACGCCCAACAAUUUACUUAAUAAGUUUGAAGGUACUCUGAGUUGGCGCGACCAACACUUCUCAUUGGACAACGAUAAGAUCUUACUCCGCGGCUGCGUACUCCGCAACACGACGUGGUGUUACGGCGUGGUCGUGUUCGCCGGCAAGGACACCAAGCUCAUGCAGAACUCCGGCAAGACUAAGUUCAAGCGCACCAGUAUCGACAGGCUACUUAAUUUUCUUAUCAUAGGGAUAGUGUUCUUCUUGCUGUCGAUGUGCGUGUUUUGCACGGUGGCGUGUGGGGUGUGGGAGUGGCUGGUGGGGCGGCACUUCCAAGUGUACCUGCCGUGGGACACGCUGGUGCCUGCGGAACCCGCCUCGGGCGCUGUCGUCAUCGCAUUCCUCGUCUUCUUCUCGUACGCCAUUGUAAUGAACACCGUCGUGCCCAUAUCUCUAUAUGUCUCCGUUGAGGUUAUAAGAUUCGCACAGAGUUUUCUCAUAAAUUGGGAUGAGAAGAUGUAUUACGAAAAGACUGGGACCGCGGCGAAAGCGAGAACAACUACGCUCAAUGAAGAAUUAGGUCAAAUUCAGUACAUAUUUUCUGACAAGACGGGCACUUUGACGCAGAACAUAAUGACGUUCAACAAGUGUUCGAUCGCCGGCGUCUGUUACGGCGACGUGGUAGAUGAAACCACCGGAGAGACCAUCGAAUUAACAGAGAAUACGGAGCCGUUGGACUUCUCGUUCAAUCCGGAGUACGAGCCGGAGUUCAAGUUCUUCGACUCGACGCUGCUGAAUGCGGUGCAGCGCGGAGACCAGCACGUGCACGACUUCUUCCGUCUGCUGGCGCUCUGCCACACUGUCAUGCCCGAGCAGAAGAACGGACGCCUGGAGUACCAGGCGCAGUCUCCGGACGAGGCGGCGCUGGUGUCUGCGGCGCGUAACUUUGGCUUCGUGUUCAGAGAACGCUCGCCUAAUAGUAUUACUAUAGAAGUUAUGGGUAAAACGGAGGUGUACGAGUUGUUGUGUAUAUUAGAUUUUAAUAAUGUAAGGAAGAGAAUGUCAGUGAUAUUGAGGAAGGACGGUGAGAUAAGAUUGUACACGAAGGGUGCUGACAAUGUUAUAUAUGACAGAUUAAAAAGUGAAUGUCAGCAAGAAGUGAGGUCAAAGACACAGGAGCAUUUAAAUAAAUUCGCUGGCGAGGGUCUGCGCACUCUGGCGCUGGCGUGGCGGCCGCUGGAGGAGCGCGGGUUUGCGGAGUGGAAGCGGCGUCACCAGGCCGCAGCACUCGCACUGCGCGACCGCGACGAGCGCCUCGACGCCAUCUACGAGGAGAUUGAGACCGACCUCCUGCUCAUGGGUGUGACUGCCAUAGAGGAUAAAUUACAAGACGGCGUUCCGGAAACCAUAGCGAACCUCAGCAUGGCCGGAAUGAAGAUAUGGGUCUUAACAGGAGAUAAACAAGAGACUGCAAUCAACAUUGGGUACUCGUGUCAGCUGCUGACAGACGACAUGGCGGAGGUGUUCAUCAUCGACGGCGUGACGCACGACGACGUGGACCGUCAGCUCGCCAAGAGCAGAGACUCCAUACGCGUCGUGAACACAUUCCUGCCAUAUGGGUCAUCAGAUGCAAAGAAUUCAACAGCAAACGGCGGCGCGGCGGUGGGCCGGCCCUCGCCCGGCCGCGCCGCCAACGUCAAACUGAACGCGCCCGCUGUCUCCGUCGUCACAUUUAGGUGGGAACAUAACUCACUACCCCACAGCAACGAGUACAGCGCUGGCGGUGCGAGCUCCUCCGAGGCGCAGGAUCACAGCAACGAUGAUACCAACGGCUUUGCCAUCGUCGUCAACGGACACUCUCUCGUGCACUGCCUGCAUCCAAAGCUGGAGGAAAAAUUCCUGGAGGUGGUGCUGCAGUGCCGGUCUGUGAUCUGCUGCCGCGUGACGCCGCUGCAGAAGGCCAUGGUGGUGGAGCUCAUCAAGAAGAGUCGCAAGGCUGUCACACUCGCCAUCGGCGACGGAGCCAACGACGUCUCCAUGAUUAAAGCGGCGCACAUCGGCGUGGGUAUAUCUGGUCAGGAGGGCAUGCAGGCUGUGCUCGCCUCCGACUACUCCAUCGCGCAGUUCCGCUUCCUGCAGCGCCUGCUGCUGGUGCACGGCCGCUGGUCAUACUACCGCAUGUGCAAGUUCCUCAGAUACUUCUUCUACAAGAACUUCGCCUUCACCGUCUGCCAUUUCUGGUUCGCCUUCUUCUGUGGAUUCAGUGCGCAGACUGUGUUCGACGAGAUGUUCAUCUCUGUGUACAACUUGUUCUACACAUCACUGCCGGUGCUGGCGCUGGGAGUGUUCGAGCAGGACGUGUCCGACAACACCGCGCUGCAGUUCCCCAAACUGUACGCGCCCGGACACACCAGCCGUCUCUUCAACAAGACCGAGUUCAUCAAGUCCACGCUGCACGGCUGCUUCACAUCACUAGUGCUCUUCCUCAUACCAUACGGUACAUACAAGGACGGGUUGGCGCCGGACGGAAAGAUACUGUCAGACCACAUGUUGCUGGGCAGCGUCGUAGCCACUAUAUUGAUCAUUGACAACACCACGCAGAUCUGCCUCGACACGACGUACUGGACUGUGUUCAACCACGUGACCAUCUGGGGCUCCCUGGUGUCGUACUUCGUGCUCGACUACUUCUACAACUACGUCAUCGGCGGCCCCUACGUCGGCUCCCUCACCGUCGCCCUCACGCAGGCCACCUUCUGGUUCACAGCGGUGCUUACUAUGAUGAUUCUGAUGGUGCCUGUGGUGUCGUGGCGGCUGGCCAGCUCGUGGACGCGGCCGACGCUGGCGGAGCGGCUGCGAGCGCGCCAGCGCUGGCGGGCCGGAGCCCCGGCGCCCCGCACGCCCUCCGCGCGCCGCGCCCGCCGCUCCGUGCGCUCGGGCUACGCCUUCGCGCACCAGGAGGGCUUCGGCCGACUCAUCACCUCCGGCAAGAUCAUGCGCCGCAUCCCGCACGCCGACGCCGCGCUAUCCGCGCUCGCCUCGCUGCCGGGCAAGUUCCACCCGCGCCCGUCUACGCCCCCGGCCACGCCCCCCGUCUCGCAGGCCUCCUCCCACUCGCCGCCCUCCCCGCCCUCGCCGCCAUCGCCCAGGGCGCCCAAGCAAGACCUCGACUCGGUAGAUUUAUGAACUGGCACCGAAUGGAGGGCGAAUAAGCAAGUUAUUGGCGCAUCGGCAACACUUAUUGAAGAGUACGAACCAGUGCGAGAGUUUGCACCUGAGACAAGCGUGACUUUUAGAAUGUAAUGUAAACAAUAAUUGUGUUUGAAUAUGUGAUUGAUUGUUGUAUGUGCUUUUUCGUAUGUCGGAGAGCGAGCGAGCCUUCGGCCGACGUUGGGUGUGGGUUAUAUAACAGUUCAGUGAGAAAGUGUAAAAUCGAUAUAUCGGUCGU